AAUCCAUUGUGUGAUCCAAACCUUACCAUUGAUUCAGCAUUUGUUGACAAAUACUCGCAUUUAGGCGAAGAUGUCAUCACUUUAUUCUCCAAUGAAUCGGUGUAUGAGUUGACUGUCAGUCCCCAUAACCUGGACAUUUGGUUCCGAUAUGACAGCAGUCAACCACUGGGUGAAUGGUCUUUGGGUAUUAUGGGACCUAUUAAUGUAGUCAACUACGAUGUGACCGCAAAUUACUUAACACUGGAAAAUUAUGCAAAGGAAAUAAACUGGACAGUAUGGUAUAAAAAUAAAACAAUCAAGGAUGUUUAUCCACUGGAAGGUGUCUCACCAGACUGGCACAAUUACAUCUCAUUUGAAAGGCUAACCACCGAUAAUAUGUCCCUGAUACUGGACAAGUAUGUUCUCCGGACACACCCGGACCCACAAAUAGACUUCAAGCGCUACAUCGAUGGCCAACUGCACAGUGAAUAUAAAAAUCUAAUUGUAUUUGAAAUCCCAAACCUUAACGACACGUUAGACUACUUGAGGGGAACGACUGCCGGCUUUCUAUAUGACAAUCGCAUGUAUAUUAUGGCCGGACAUAGGAUUUGUAGUAUAAAUCUGAUCACCAAUUACUGGACUGAGGAGUGUUUACCACAAACUAUAGCCGAAUGGGUUGGUUGUAGUGAUGAUCACCACAAUACUGAUGAUAACCAGAUGGUGGUCGACAUACCUGAUGCUGAUGUGAUGGGACCGGUAGUCAAUACACCCUUGUCUGACCAGUGUCAUGCCACACGUUUCAAUAUCUUAAUGGCCAUAUUUUUAGGCCGCACCGCACCCGCCGAUACCAUGAACCUGAGCCCGUCUUUCAUGCCCAUCGGUGCCUGUGUAUAUUUGUGGGCCAAUUGGAAGCUUUGGCUCAAAAAAGCAAAAGUA